UUAAACGUGCCACCGGCGGGGACCCGUAGUGACGUCAGAAUCGUCCGAGUGGCAAAGAUGGCUACGGAACCGACCAAGCCUGAGAUCCUGAGCGUCUUCAAGCGGCUCAGGUCGACCCCCACGAACAAGGUGUGUUUUGACUGCGCGGCCAAGAACCCCAGCUGGGCCAGUAUCUCCUACGGCGUGUUCUUAUGCAUCGACUGCUCCGGCAUCCACCGCUCCCUGGGAGUUCAUCUCAGCUUCAUCAGGUCCACUGAGUUAGACUCCAACUGGAACUGGUUCCAGCUUAGAUGCAUGCAGGUUGGAGGCAAUGCCAAUGCGGCGGCGUUCUUCCGCCAGCACGGCUGCGCCACAAACGACACCAACGCCAAGUACAACAGUCGUGCAUCCCAGCUGUACAGGGAGAAGAUUCGGCAGCAAGCGAACGCCGCACUGUCCAAAUAUGGCACCGAUCUCUGGUUCGAAUCUUCUGCAGGAAGCACGCCUUCAGCUCCGGAGAAGAAAGAGACCGACUUUUUUGCAGAACUCACACAGCGGGCUGAUGACUGGACCAUGGCGCCGCACAGCGAGCUGGAGCAGAAUGGAGCCACUGUCACCCCACAGCUGACGGAGACGGCGGCCAAAAUCCAGGACGACACCCAGCUGGAGGAAGGACCCAGCAUCGACGGUCUGAGCACGUCGCCCAAAGCCUCCUUUGAAGACUCCAUGCGUUUGUCAUCACAGGACGGAGGGACACCUAAAGAUGUGAAGCCAUCACUCAUCGGCAAGAAGAAGCCCAUGACGGCCAAGAAAGGGCUCGGUGCAAAGAAAGGUCUCGGAGCCCAGAAGGUGAGCAGUAAGAGUUUCUCGGAGGUGGAGAAACAGGCGCAGGUGGCCGAGAAGAUGAGAGAGGAGCAGGCUGCCGAGUCCAAGAAACAAGCCGAGGAGUCCAUCGUGGCCUCGAUGCGUUUGGCUUACAAAGAGCUGGAGAUCGACAGGAAGAUGGAGGAGAAGAAGAUCCAGAACAUGGAGGGCAAGAAGAGGGAGCAGGCCGAGAGACUGGGGAUGGGCUUCGGCAACAGGAGCGCCGUGUCUCACUCGGUGAUGUCGGAGAUGCAGGUGAUCGAGCAGGAGACUCCCGUUGGAGCCAAGUCCUCCUCUCGCUCCAAACUGGACAUGUUUGACGAGCCGGGCUUCACCUCCGGACCCCCAAAGUAUAAGGACAACCCGUUCUCAGUGGGAGACAGUUUUGGAUCCCGGUGGGACACCGAGGGAGGAACCGCCUCCUUCACCACCUCCUGGGCUCUGGACAAAGAGGACCCCAAAGAGGAGGUCACCAUCUCUAGUAUUCAGCCAAUCGGAGAGAGACUUCCCAGCAGAAGAAAAGCCGACGUAUCGGCUCCGGUGUCCGAGUCCAGCGAGGCCCGACAGAAGUUUGCAAACGCCAAGGCCAUCUCAUCGGACAUGUUCUUUGGUCGGGAGAGCAUCGCUGAGUACGAUGCAAAGACCAGACUGGAGACGAUGUCUGGAAGCACCUCCAUCAGUUCAGCUGACCUGUUUGGGGAGGGAAGUGACCAUAAAGGCCGGGCCUCGGGCUACGACAGCGUUCUCCCCUCCGGACCCGACAUCGCACAGUUCAAACAGGGAGUGAAGAGCGUAGCGGGCAAGAUGGCCGUCCUGGCCAACGGUGUCAUGAAUACAAUCCAGGAUCGUUACGGCUCCUACUGAUCAGCUCCGUCCGCUGUGAAGAUCCAACCGGCCUCCUGACUGACGGUGCAUUUGGGCGGAGUAGACGGGACAAGAGAGAGACAGGAAGGAUUGCAUGGGGAAAACAAAACCAUCCUUCUCUCUCUCGACCUCUUCUAGAGACAAUUUUACAGGAGUGAGACAGUAUUCUUCUUCUCUUGUUUUAUUUUCAUAAAGGAAACCAUCGCAGGGUUUAGUUGUUUUUUUUUUUUUCUUCUAAAACUUUAUUAUUUUGGUCUUAGUUUUCAAAUAUUUUAGUAGUUAAUUCUACUUCGUUUUAUUUCUUUUACAUAAAUCAAAGUGUUGUUUUGAUUCAUAUUAUCAAAUGUCUUUUUGUUUUAUUGUGAUAUUAAAGGAAAAGUGCAGUAUAUAUAUAUUUUAAACGUUAAUUUUGAACAAGAAUACAGAUUUUGUUUUUUGCAUUUAGUGUUCGAUUCACUGCUGUUCACCGACUGUUUGUCCACAGGUUUUUAUUUGUCAUUUACACAAAGCACUGACGGCAACUGUCUCGACUAUUUCAGACAGUUUGUGAGCUUGGAAUUAUGUGUUUCUGUCUGGGUGAAAGAAUAUAAUGUAAAAAAACAGCAGAGCAUCAAAGAACCGCUCUGGUUAUUUAUUAUCUAUCUUUUAAAAAAAAAAAACUAGUUAUACCCAGUCGUUAACGACCGCAGAGACCAGAACCUCCUGUGAUCCAACAGACACAGAGGGGGGCGGAGCUUUUAAAUUAAACAGAAGUUGUUUUAAUAAAGUAAGUAGACACGUCGGUUUGGAUUCAGACGUCAGAUAAAACACGUGAAGUCCCAGCUCAUGAAACGACAUCUCCACUCCGCUGGUUGAAUCUGAAGUCUGCCUCGAUGUUCCUUCUCCUCUCAGCAGUAAAACCUUUUGGGCCGACUGUCUUCAGUUUACAUUUUUAUCUGUUUUGUUCACUCAAGGUUCAAACCCACAUCGUGACAAUUGUCUUGUCAAUUUUAAAUAUAAGAUAAAAUGUAAUUUCCGAGCCAGGCAGCAUGCAAGUCUAGUGCAAACCCCUCUGUGAUGACGUCUUUAUGUCCCGGCAGACUUGACAUUCAACGAGUUAUGGACAGAACCGACUGGUCUGGGAAACCGGUUUGUUAUGACCCUUUCAUAGAUCAUAUAUCUCUCCUGUAUGUUCCACCACCGUGAUAAACUCUCCAAAAUAUAAAGAAAACGUGAACUGAAUGGAUGAAACGUUCAACUAUUUAUUUGUAGGCUACAAACAGGAGACGUAUUCAGUAUGUUAAUAAAGAUUUGAAAAACAUCA